AUGGCAAAAGACACUUAUCUUAAAAAAAUUCUCGGAAAGGAAAGCUAUGAGGCAGUUAGAGCUUCGAAAGUGCUUAUGGUAGGUGCUGGUGGCAUUGGAUGUGAACUUUUGAAGGAUCUCGUCUUAUCAGGAUUCGGCGAAAUCCAUAUUAUAGACUUGGACACAAUCACCUUGUCAAACCUAAACAGACAAUUCCUUUUCCGCAAAAAAGAUAUCGAUAAACUGAAGUCAUUGACAGUUACAAAAGCAGUACAGAGCUUCAAUUACUUUCAAACCAGACUUGUACCACACCAUGGGAAUGUUAUGAACCUGUCGCAAUUUCCUAUCGAAUGGUGGAAUCAAUUCGACUACAUUUUCAAUGCCUUAGACAACUUAGAAGCACGAAGAUACGUAAACAAGGUCGCUUUGUUUUUGCACAAGCCUUUAAUGGAAUCAGGCACUACGGGUUUCCAUGGCCAGAUUCAACCCAUCUUUCCUUAUAGUUCAGAAUGCUUCGAGUGCCAAGUCAAGGAAACUCCGAAAACUUUUCCUGUCUGUACUAUUAGAUCUACUCCAUCCCAACCAGUCCACUGUAUUGUUUGGGCCAAGGAGUUUUUAUUCAACCAGCUUUUUGGCGAGACCACAGAAAGUGAGGUUUCUCAAGCCGAUCUAAGCAAAGAGACCGACGAUCAGGAGGAAAUCAAAAGAAUCAUCUCAGAGGCAAAUGAACUAUCUGCCCUUAAGUCAAUGAUGGAUGCCAAGGAUUUCCCUAUAAAGCUAAUGAAGAAGAUCUACCAAGACGACGUCGAAAAAUCGUUGAACCUUGAAUCGUUGUGGAAGACAAGAGAAAAACCAAAACCAUUGGUAUUACAAGGAGAACUACUCUCAAGUUUGAAUGCCUUGUUAGCUAAGCAACUGAAUGAUUAUCUAUUGAACAGCGAUACGAAGCAAUGGUCUAUUGCAGAGAAUUUGUACGUCUUAUACAAAUCCACCGAAUCGUUACAAAACCGCGUGAAAAGUGGCAAAGAGGCUGUGAUUUCUUUUGACAAAGACGACGAGGAUACCUUGAAUUUUGUUGCAGCAGCAGCAAAUUUAAGAUCUCAUGUUUUCAACAUUCCUAUCAAGACGAAGUUUGAUAUCAAACAAAUCGCAGGAAAUAUUAUUCCUGCCAUUGCAACGACAAACGCAAUCAUCAGUGGGUUUUUCCAACCUAGGAGCAUUGACAUACAUGAGGGAUAA